UUCAGUCGCGAACGGUUCGCGGUACAUCCUAAGCAUUAAUAUAAGGGGGUUCACUGGGUAUACGGAAACAUUAUGGGGUGUUGGGAUACAUCGAAAAGUGUUUGCUAGUGAAACUGUAGCUAAUUAGAAGAAAGAGUAGUGAGUGGUUGAAUUAAAGAAAUCAAGUGUGAAAGGACACCGAAAACGCUUGCCAAGAACUGGUUCCGUGAAGAGCAUUAGCACUAAUCGAUUUGCCGGACUCUGUGUAUCGUACUGCUCAAAGAAGUACGACGAACUUAUCGAAAAUUUUGUUUCACAGCUUAUCACAAAUGUGCGACAUCGGCAGCAGAGAGCUAUAAAUUAUACAAGUUUCGCGUUCCAAAGCACCAGUCCAAAAUCAGUUUCCGAAGAUUAGGAAAGCGUCUAACAACGGUAGCAAAAGAAGUGGAAGAAUACAGUGUAAUCUAGGAAGGGAUUUGAGCCCUCAACAACCCGAACCUUUGUUGACUUGUUUUUGCGUCACCCUUUUACCCUGUUUGGAGCGGAUCUGUCUACUCGUCAAUACAUCUUCGUCCCGAUAGUUCCAUUUUGGAAUGGAAGUAGUUGCUGGCGUAAGGAUCGCAUUCCCGUAUCUACUGAAGGUGAACGAAGCACUGCUUGGAACCUCGGAAUACGAACGCGACUUCAAUUAUCUGUACGGCCGACUAUUGGUGGCAGUGGCAUCGGACACGCUGAAGCAAGUUGUUAGCCCAGAAGUAGCCAACGCGUAGAGGCGCAUCCAAUGAGAAACGCAGCACCAGCCGUAGCAGCCCAAGUGCCCUAGACGAGUCCAGCUAGUGAAAGGCUUCGCUUUUAUUAGCUGAUCGGUCUUUCCAGCCAAAAGUCAAACCAAGCGAUAGUAUUGAGUCAAUAUCACCAACGCCAAAUUCCACCAGAUCGCGCCAAUCUCUUCGAUCGAGUCCAGAGGACAAGUCGCAUCGCAGUUCUUAAGGAAGGAACUUCCGACGGUUCACAUCUCUAGAACUAGUGCCAGCAUAGUAGCAUCAGUACCUAAUAACAAAUAACGGGGACGGCAAACAGGUUAGCAAUGAAUCAGAAGCUUAAGCCAGUGGACGACCAGGAACAACCACCGCCGUUGGUGGUUGAUCCGACGGAUCUUCUCUACAGCAUAGAUCUCAACGGUGCCCAAGAAGAUGGCAUCGUACAUCGUAACGGUAGCAUCCAUAGCAAUAGUAACAUCAACUCUAAUAUAAGCGUCAACAACAAUAACAACAACAACAACUCAAUCGGUGCUAACAGUUUUAAGUCUGACGACCUAAGGAUUGACGUCCGAGGAGUGCCGGAGUACUACCGAACCGAUGAUGAUACCUAUAGGCCGUUUACCAUCUACGGGAAUCACCACGGUGAUGGAAACGACAAACUGUCCGUUCUACCAGCUUCAACGACCGGCUCAUUAAGCUCAAUCAUAACGACGUCCGUGGCAUCCUCCGAACCGGAUCGUGGUGAUCAUCGUGACGGUGGCGUUGGCGGCGGUGGUGAUGAUGACGAACACAAUGUAGUAGCAACGACGGGUGGCGGCAAAUGCAUCGGCGGCGGGGGCGGGGGCCCCGGAGGACACGGCGGCGAAAUCAAGCAGGAGAAAUGGUGGGAAACGACGCUGCAGAUCUCGAUUCCGUUCUUUAUCGCCGGUAUCGGCACGAUCGGGGCCGGCAUCAUCCUGGGCCGGGUGGAG